UUCAGAUCCACUGACACGCAGCACAAUGAUGAUGUCACUGAUUCUACUGCUGGGAACACUGUUCAGGAAUCAUCAGCAGAUAUAAUUCUGACUCAGUCUCCUAAAUCUCAGUCUGUUAGUCCAGGAGAGACUGUCUCUAUCAGCUGUACAGCCAGUUCACGUACUAGUGAUUAUCUCCAGUGGUACCUGCAGAAACCUGGAGAAGCUCCUAAACUCCUGGUUUAUGCUGCUACAACCCGUCAGUCUGGGAUUCCAGGUCGUUUCAGUGGGAGUGGAUCUGGUUUUCCUCAUACUCAUUACACUCUGACCAUCACUGGAGUCCAGGCUGAAGAUGCAGCAGAUUACUACUGUCAGCAGGGUCGGAGCACUCCGUGGACUUUCGGUGGAGGGACCAAACUGAGUGUUGGCAGUGACGUUCGUCCCACCCUGACAGUCCUGCCCCCCUCCAGUGUGGAGCUGCAGCAGGGGAAGGCCACUCUCAUGUGCCUGGCCAACAAGGGCUUCCCCUCAGACUGGAAGCUGAGCUGGAAGGUGGACAGCAGCAGCAGCAACACCUGGGAGGUGACCGGGAGCCCCGGGGUCCUGGAGAAGGACGGCCACUACAGCUGGAGCAGCACCCUGACCCUCCCUGUUGAUCAGUGGAAGAAGCAUCUCUCCUUCUUACUGAUCCAGCACUACUACCACACUGGUCUGGUUCUGGGCUGGGCCUUUCUCCAGAAUAUCUGUCUGAUUCUGAUGCCAAAGUUCUGCUUGGCUUUCUUACAUUUGUUAUAAUCUUUAUUCCUGUAAUGCUGUUGGUUCUGACAUGCUGAGAUAAUAAAUACUUUUCCCAUCCUUAA